UGUUGUAAAAAUAUUAUAGCGGUUGCCAAAAUCGUUUUUAUUUCCUCACCUUCCAUUCCCAUGUGAUAGUACCUGUUAGACGAAGCAGCAAAACCAGCUUGCUUCCGUUGUGUGCGCCAACAAUGGAGGCGCAAAGUUCAGGGUGGGACAACUGGGUCGGAGAGGCACUUUCAGCUCUUCACUCUCUCAAAGUUCUUCGAUCUCUUAGACCCAUUUGCCUCCGCAACGAGAAGAAAAGCCCAGUGUCCCUUGAAAACGUCUCAGAGCCUCUCAAAUUUGGGGUAGAUGAAGGCGCGUUCGAAGUGUUCGAUGAAAUGCAGCAAUGGGACCGAUACUCUGUGCAAGUGGAAAUUGCAGAAACCACGUUUCGUAGAUGGAUGCAUGACACCCCGAGCUCUGGUGACGAGAUUGUUCAUGGCGAUGAGAGAGCAGGGGCAUCUAAUGAGAAGUUUAAAAAGUUAAUUUUGUUUUCCGGAAAUGAUUAUCUAGGCCUGAGUUCCCAUCCAACUAUUGGAAGUGCUGCUGCAAAGGCAGCCCAAGAGCAUGGUAUGGGACCAAGAGGCUCUGCUCUCAUUUGUGGAUAUACCAAUUAUCAUAGGCUGCUAGAGUCAAGCCUGGCAGAUUUGAAAAAGAAAGAGGAUUGCCUUCUUUGUCCCACAGGGUUUGCAGCCAAUAUGGCCUUGAUGACAGCAAUAGGAAGUAUUGGUUCUCUCUUAGCUGGGAAUAACAUAGCUUCAGAGGAUGAAAAGAUUGCUAUCUUUUCUGAUGCAUUGAACCAUGCAUCAAUAAUUGAUGGUAUUCGUCUUGCUGAGCGACAAAAAAGUGUAAAGGUGUACAUAUAUAGACAUUGUGACAUGUCCCAUCUCAAUUCACUGUUAUCUCAUUGCAGAAUGAAGAAGAAAGUUGUUGUGACUGACAGCUUGUUUAGCAUGGAUGGAGACUAUGCUCCAAUGGUUGAGCUUGCAGAGCUUCGUAAGAAGCAUGGCUUUUUGUUAGUCAUUGAUGAUGCUCAUGGAACAUUUGUUUGUGGCAAAAAUGGCGGUGGCGUUGCUGAGACGUUCAAUUGUGAGAAGGAUGUGGACAUAUGCAUUGGUACACUAAGUAAAGCUGCUGGCUGCCAUGGAGGAUUUAUAGCAUGCAGCAAAAGGUGGAAGCUAUUAAUACAGUCAAGAGGUCGUUCAUUUAUAUUUUCAACUGCUGCCCCAGUUCCAAUCGCUGCUGCUGCUCAUGCUGCUGUUGAAGUGGCAAAACUUGAGACCUGGCGUAGAAAGGCUAUUUGGAACCGGGUGAAAGACUUUUAUGUACUCACAGGAAUCCCUGUGACAAGUCACAUUAUAUCCCUAAUCGUAGGCAGUGAAGACAAAGCACUUCAAGCAAGCCGGCAUUUAUUGCAGUCUGGCUUCCAUGUGACUGCAAUCAGACCGCCAACUGUGCCUCCUAACUCAUGCAGGCUGCGUGUGGCCUUGAGUGCGGUCCAUACAAGGGAAGAUUUAGAGAAUUUGGCAACUGCACUCUCUCGUUGCAUCAAUUUCCAAGACACCCGUAUCUAUAGCUGUAAUGGUUAUGCAAGACUGUAGCUUUUGCUUCUUCAGGAUGAAUUUCAUCAAUGUGAUGUGACUGUACCGUUAAUUAAUAAGUACAUACACCCUUAGUACCUUUAUUAGUAGUUCAAGUCAAUUAAAUUCCCUCCUAAUAAGCACAUUUCGUUAAGAAGUGGUAGCUUAUUCCCUCAUGUUAUAUCAAAAUGGCAAGCUAUUUUGUCAAUAUCUAGAUAAAUUAUGUUCAAUUCUGAUGUUUACAUGUAUUUAAUUUUGAUCAAAUAAUCACAUCAUUAUUAAAUGUUUAUGUUAUG